CUGCUGCUGUUUGUCCCGUUCGAGCUUCCGUACUCACUCAGUCUGAUGCUAACGUUAGCUGUUAGCUUCUCUUGUGCAGCACAAGGACAUUUGAUAACAAAUCAAGUUAUUUUAACACAUUUUACUGCUUUAAUUAACUCAUAAAGACUCGUCCUGCUGUUCUCCUUCACCGUAUAUCGGAAGAUGUCUCCCAAACCUCUGGAGCCUCUGGCCAGGAAGCUGGUGAAGGGAGUGAUCGUGGCGGAGCUGCUGGGCGUCUUCGGGGCGUACGCUCUCUACCUGGGCAUGAACCACAGCCAAGACUUCAGGAGCACCAUGAACAGGAGGUUCCCCUCAGUGCUGGAAGUUUACUACCAGUCCAACGAGUGGGCGGGCGUCCACGGCAUCAGGGAGAGCGACCGCAAGGCCUGGUCGGCCAAUCAGGACUGAGCUCUGGGUCGGCCAAUCAGGACUGAGCUCUGGGUCCUCCAACACAAACAGCAGC